AUGCGAAUCUGCGUUUUCCAAUCUUGCUUCGAGGAGCUUCAAGCUUCUGUUGGAGAAGCUCAAGAACUAUGCAUGAACCCUGGUGUCUUUACGUCACAGCAUAUGGUGGCUCACAAGACGAUUCACAAGGCCACUGCAAAAGCACAGAUAGAUGAAGCUGUGCAAGAAGGGUAUGAUUUUUAUUUAAAUUUCAUGUGGGGAACACAUGAUGACUCUCUUGCCGGCGUCGAUGCGAUUCGAUAUUUCGAGUCGCUCAAUCUUCCAUCUGCAGGAGUUCAGAGCUCAGAGAGAGCUCAGUCGAAAUGGGACUUUUUCGCAGAUGCAAAACUUGCAGGAAAGCCACUUAUCCCUGGGACUGAGACCUACCCCUUGUUUGUGAAGCCAGCUUCAAGCUAUGGGAGCAUGUUCAUCGAUGAACACUCUCUAUGUCAGAAUGAAGCCGAGCUGGAAAGUUGUAUCAUAAGACUCAACAAAUCGAUGCGCCCGGUGCGAUUGCAACGAGCUCAAGCGCUGGGUCAUUUAGAUACAGUCCAGUAUGCAGACUCUCGAGAAAAGGAGGGACGAGAGAGUACAGACAUUGUUGUUCAGGAAUUCAUCGCGGGAGAAGAAUAUUCUGUAGUGGUUAUUGCGAUGGGUGAAACUCCAGUGCCACUAAUACCGCAACGCGCGAAAUACAAACAGGUCGGCGAUGCGGCGCGGAUCCUGACAUUGGAGCUGAAAUUCGACGCUGAGUCUGGCUACGAGCUUUUGAGUGAAAGUGAUGACCCAGCUCUGUGGAAACAUCUCCAGGAGACUGCAAUCGAAGCAUUCACUACCAGGAAAAUGUACACAAAUUUCAUGGGGUGUGAUGUGGAUAUGAGGAUUGGAAAUGACGGCAGAGCCUAUGUUAUUGAAGUGGAUCCUCUGCCUGUCUUCUUCUAUCCAACUGGAUCUCAACUCGAAGAUACAGAUGUGAAGUAUGGCUUUCCUGGCGGGUACAGGGCUGUCAUUAACACUUACAUCACAAACUACUUCCUGAAACAUUCUGGUGAUCGGGAUCGCUGUUAUCACGAGCUGGCUACCAUCCUUGAUAAUCUGCCCUUCAACUCAGAUCGGCCAAUGGACGAACUUGCAGAUAUCACAGCCUUGGGACCUUGGAACGGAACUGUGAUUGAUCUUGGAUGCGGGAGAGGGAAUCUGGGACGAGCCUUGAAGGCUGAUCCACGAAACAACAUCCCACAUUUAGUCGGUGUUGAUAUCUCGAAGAAAGCUUUGGAAGAGCACUGUGAAAACAGUGGGUAUGAUGAGGUCGUGAAUGACAGGAUGGAACUUUUCCUCGCAAAGCAAACUGAGAGGGUGGACCAUAUAUUCUGCAUAUCGACACUGCAGUUUUUAACUAUCGAGGAGCUGGAUUUUGUUCUUGCACGUUGCUUCCAACUUGCCAAGCGCUCUAUAACGAUUGUGAUUCAAGUUUCAGAAACCAGCGCGAGAUAUGAUCCUGACACAAGGGGCAGUCUCAACCCGUUCUUCACGGAUCACAGUGAAAAUAUUGCAACUUUUCAAAUUCAGCGUGGCUGGGAGCUGCGAAUGCCAGUGAAAUCCGACCAUUGUCAUGAUGUUCAUCGUUUAUUGUUUAAUUUUAGUGCGACGACAUAG